AUGGCCGCGCAGGAGGCGUCGCAGGCGCUGCGGUGGCGCUACGGCGACGUGGACGACGGCAACUUCUCCGUGCGCGGCGGGCGCGGCGUGCCGCUGCUUGCGACGCUCUUCGCCGUCCUCGUCUUCUUCGUGGGCGUCUGCGUCUACCUCCGCUGGGUGUGCCGCCGGUACAACGCCGACGCGACGCUUCCCAUCUCGUUUUCCUACCCCUCCUCGUCGCCGUCGUCCUCCGCUGCGGCGCCCGGCGCCCCCUCCGCGGUGGCUGGCCUCGACGCUGCCGCGAUAGCCGGCUUGCCCGUGACGCCAUACCGUCGUCCUCCGUCGGCGUCCCCUGGCCGCGAGGACGACGAGACGCAGUGCCCGAUAUGCCUCGGCGAGUUCGCGGACGGCGAGAGGGUGAAGGCGCUGCCGCGGUGCGGACACUGCUUCCACCCGGAGUGCGUGGACGCGUGGCUGUGCUCGCAUCCCAGCUGCCCGCUGUGCCGGGGCUCGCUUCUCGCCGACACCUCCACCGUCAAAACUGUGGACGCGAGCGAAGCUGUCUGA